GCGGUAAAAGCCGCUUUUCAUCUCCCCCCCCCGCCUCGGACGCCUGGGUCCCUCCCGGACGCCUGGGUCCCUUCUCCAUCCCGGGGCCAUGGCGGUGCCGGGUUGGAAGCUGCAGCUGCUGGAACGGCGCCGGCGGGAGGAGGAGGCGGCUCGACGGCGUGAGCGGGAGCAGCGGGACCGGGCGGCCCAGUUACCCCCUUGGAAACGGGAGCUACUGGAACGGCGGCGAGCCAAAGCCGGGGUCACCACUGCUGGUGGGGGGGUCCCUGAGGGGGGGUCCCUGGCGUUGGCGCCAGGGUUGAGCCGUAGCGCCGAGGGGCUGGAACGCUGCGGGGAGAGCGAACCCCCCCAGGGACGAGUCAGUCGCCUGCUCAGCCGCUUCGCCCCACGGCCCCCUGCCCGCUCGCUCAGCACUGAGGGGCUUCCCGAGAGCCCCCCCGGGACAUCCCCCGACCGCCGUCCUACCUCGAGGGACGAGGGGGGCAAGGGGUCAGGGGGGGCAGAGGGGCAGCAGGGGGUUGAGACCCAUGGGAUGGUCAAGGGGUGUGGGUUGGCCACCAGUCCGGGGACAGUUGAGAGUCUGGGGACAAGUAAGGGUUUGGGGACAGUUGAGGCACGGGGGGUGGUCAAGGGCAUGGGGACAGCUGAGGGACAGCAGGGGACUGAGACCCAUAGGAUGGUCAAGGGCUACGGGUUGGCCACUGGUGUGGGGACAGUUGAGGGUCUGGGGACAAGCAAGGGUUUGGGGACAGUUGAGGGACAGCAGGGGGCUGAGACCCAUAGGAUAGUCAAGGGGCAUGGACUGGCCACCAGUCCAGAGACAGUUGAGGGUCUGGGGACAAGCAAAGGUGUGGGGACAGUUGGGACACGGGGAGCGGUCAAGUGUGCAGGGACAGUUGAGGGACAAGGGACAGUUGAGGGACAGCAGGUGGCUGAGACCCAUAGGACGGUCAAGGGCCAUGGGCUGGCCAUCAGCCCAGGGACAGCUGAGGGUCUGGGGACAGCCAAGGACCUAGGGGUGGUCAAGACAUGGGGGUCAGUCAAAGGCGUGGGGACAGUGGAGGGACAGGGGACGGCUGAGGGCUGCACGACAGCUGAGGGCCAUAGGUUGACCAUAGUCCCGGGGGUGGUGGAGGGACAGGGGACAACCAAGGACCUUGGGACAGUUGAGACACGGGGGACACUCAAGGGCAUUGGGACGGUCAAGGGAUGGGGAUUAGCCAAGGGUGUGGGGACAGCCGAGGGACAAGGGACGGCCGAGGGCUGUAAGACAGUCAAGGGUCAUGGGUUUUCCAUCAGCCCAGGGACAGCUGAAGGUCUGGGGACAACCAAGGACCUGGAGGCAGUUGAGGGACGGGGGACAGCCAAGGGCUUGGGGAUGCUUGAGGGACAAGGGAUGGUUGAGGGCUGUAGAACAGUCAAGGGCCAUGGGUUGGCCACCACCCCAGGGACAGUUGAGGCCCAGGGGACAACCAAGGACCUGGAGACAGUUGAGGGACAGGGGACAGCUGAGGGACAGCAGAUGGCUGAGACCCAUAGGACAGUCAAGGGCCAUGGGUUGGCCAUCAGCCCAGGGACAGUUGAGGCCCAGGGGACAAGCAAGGACCUGGGGACAGAUGAGAGCCAGGGGACAGUCAAGGGGAUGGUCAAGAGCUGGAAGAUGGUUGAGGGACGAGGGACACCAGGGGGACAGGGAACAGCAGGAGGCCAGGGGACAGUAGAUGGCCACGAGGGCACCGGGACAGCCAAGGGCUCAACUGAGGUCUCUGGGCCCACCACGGCGGCCAUGACACCGGUGGCGACUCCAGUGUCCGUGACACCCAUGACCACCAUGACGCCCACGACACCGGUGGCAGCCACCAUGACGCCCACGACACUGGUGGCAGCCACCACACCCCCGGCGGCCAUGACACCCUCUCAGGGGCGUGUCGAGGGCUGUUCCGGGGAGGGGCUGAGCCCUGGGGCGGCCCCGCUUGGGGGGCCGGGCAGCGGGCCGGUGGCGGCCAUGCGAGGGGCACCCCGCCGUGAGCCCGGGCCCCCCCCAGCCCACCCAGCCCUACAACGCCGCAGCGGUAACACCAUCACGGUGCGACCCCGGCGGGGGGUGACAGCCAACGGUCCUGAGGGGGGGUCCCCAGCUGCCCCCCCGGCACCUCCCACCCCCUCGGCCGCCCCCCCGGGGCCCCCUAAGAAGCGCUACCCCACAGCCGAGGAGAUCCAGGUCAUCGGGGGGUACCUGGCCCUGCCCCGCUCUUGCCUGGCCAAGAACGACCCCCACCGCAAGAAGCUGAAGAUCUGGUUCAGUGAGCGGGAGCUGGAGCGCACCUUCUGCUACCCCUCGGAGGGGGCGGUGCUGGCCGCCUGGGGCCCCCCCGAAGAGCCACCCCCCCCUGGCCCCCCCUCGGCCCCUGAGGAGGAGGAGGAGGAAGACGAGCCCCCCACAACGCGGGGGCUGCCGGGGGGGCUGCGAGCCCGUGCCCUGCUUGUGGACGAGUCCUGCCGACGGUAACCCCGGCCUCUGCCCCACGGCUCAGGGGGACACACCACUCCGGGACCCCCACAGCCUCCCCUCACUAGCCAUGGGAGGGGGGGGCCGGACCUGCGGGACCCCCCUGGCGGGGCAGGACAGGGCCAGACACACGGAGAAGGACACUCUUGCCACCAAAACUUCCCUGGGGCGACACAACAUGAGGACACUGUCUCCACCAUGGGGACCCAGCAACCUUCUGCCCCCCUGGAGGGGGGAUUCCGGGGGUGUCCCAGCUCUUCCCUCCCCAUUUUGUAGCUUUUCUAGUGGCGCCAGGGAAGGGGGGGGGAAUUAUCCUUAAUGAGGUUUUUUUUAGCCUAAUUAAGAGCUUUUUUUAGCCGGGGGUGGGGCAACUCUGUCAGUAUUGGGUCAACCCGAGCUGCCCCAGUUAGGAACUGGGCCAGGACCAGUUACAACUGGGACAGCGGGAGGGGGCAAAGCCAUGGCAGUAUUAGCUGGGGGAAAAGGGGUGGGUAAAGCUGUUUUAUUAAGGGGUGGGGGCAAGGGGGAGGGGCUUUGGUGGGUGGGGCAGUGGGGGAGGGGAUUUUCUGUUUGGGGUGGGGAGGGGGAGGUGAUUUAUGGCGAUAGGUGAUGAUGCAGAGGGGAUGGGUGAAGGUGAGGAGAAAGGCUCCAGAAUGGCCAAGGGAGACCAAACGGCCUCGGGAGGACAAAUGGCUGACAGAGGACAAACAGAGGAGGAGGGAUGGCCGGGCAGGAGUGCGAAUGGUGGCAGCUGGGGGACAGGGGGAAGCCCCAGGGGAGCAGCUGCCAUUGGCCAAGGGCUGGGAGCGGCCGAGGGGACACAAAAUGGUGGAGGGCAGAGCAGGCCAAGGCCUGAGGCCUGCUCCUGUUGCCAUGGUGACGAAACCAGAGGCCUACUCUUGUUGCCAUGGCAAUGAAGCCUGGGGCCUGCUCCUGUUGCCAUGGUGACGAAGCCAGAGGCAUAUUCCUGUUGCCAUAGCAAUGAAGCCUGAGGCCUGCUCCUGUCGCCAUGGAAAUGAAGCCCUCAGCUUGCUCCCCUUGCCAUGGGGCAGGCUGCGCCACUGCUUGGCCUCACUGUACUGCGACAAGCCACAAUAAAAAGGUGAUGUCG